AUGUCAGGAAAACACUCGGGCUCUUGGUUUAAGAAAAGAAGACAGGAAAGAGAGGAGGAGGAAAGUUAUAAUGAAUCACCUUCCACCUCUGGAAAAACCAACCAGCUCCUACCUCAAGAAUAUGCUACAGAGAAAACAGAUACUGAAUCACCUUCUACUUCUGGGGGAAUCAUCCAGAUCCAACCUCAAGAAUGUCCUAGGAGGAUAACAGCUAUUGAACCGCCAUCUACUUCUGCAGAAAACAACGAACGUCAACUGCAAGAAUUUCAAAAUAAUUUCGUUGAAAUGGACGUUGACGUUACAGAUAAUGCAGUGGAAUUACUGCCGGAAAAUUCAAUCUCACCCAAAGUUACGCUUGAUUAUGCUGAUCCAGCGUCUUGGGACACUCUAAAUAUUAAUCGCCAAACUUUACGAACCAUUUUAGUAGAGCAUGGACCUGACCAAGUAAAAGGAAAAUUUCCGAAGGGUGUGAAUAACAGAAAAUUUUCUGACUUUCAUUAUAGAAGGAGGCUUCCAAAUGGAUUGAAAAACGUUACCGGAAGAAGGAAAAAUCUCAAAAACUUUGAUGGCAAAGGAAAAUUACAUAGUUGUAGUUUUUGUGGAGCGUCCUUCCUCAAAGAAGAUGACUGGAGUAAACACUUCAAAACACACCAAACGAAAGUUUUAAAUAAAUUAUUUCUCUCUACUAAGUUAAAUAAUCUUGUUGAUCAUAAACUAUUAGAGAAACACGGUAACUGUGAUUCUUUUCGCAAACUGCUGUACGUAAAUUUAUCUGAUGCUGUUUUUACAACUAAAUCUUUUGCGGCUCUAAAGAAUUAUGUCAAAAAAACUAAAAGCGGUAAACUCUUUUUAUGUCCAAUCUGUCAUAAACCUUUUGAAACCUUGGAGAGGGUAAAGAAACACUUUGCAGUUCAUUGUUUAGAAGAAAAACAAUACGAGUGUAGUGUGUGUCUAAAAGUUUUUACAACAGUGAAAUAUCUUAAUGCUCAUAUCAAGACACAUGACAGUUCACAAAAGGUUCAUUGUAAAAUAUGUAAGAAGAUGUUUGCUACACCCAUCAGUCUGAGGCGUCACAUGAACUUACAUACUAAAGAAAAGUUUACAUGUGACUUGUGCGAUCGAACUUUUAGGGAUAUUUCUAGUUUUAAGAAUCACGCGGUUGUUCAUUCCAAGGAGAAAAAUUUCGGAUGUAAUGUAUGCUUUAAACGAUUUACUUUAAAGCGGGGCUUACUUAAGCAUCUAAAGCUACAUACUGACGAAAAGAAGAAUUUUACCUGUCACUUGUGCUCCAAACGUUUUAGUUUUAAAGCAUAUCUGGUUCGGCAUUUGCUUGGACAUAGAGGCGAGAACAGUUAUAAAUGCGAUAUAUGCGACAAAAGAUUUUUUCAUAAAAAGUCUUUAGUGGAACACACUGCACGUCCUCAUAAGACUUAUAACUGUUUGAUAUGCUCCAAGGAGUUCUCGAAUAAUAAAGAAUUGAAAGAGCAUGUUAACAGUAUACACGGAGGAAAACAAUAUAAAUGUGACAUUUGUUCUGCAGCAUUUGACUCGAACGCAAAAUUGGGUUAUCAUUUAGCGUGGCAUAAGGGAGAAAACACACAUCAAUGUAAUAUCUGCAUGAAAUCCUUCCAAUUUAGACGCAUGUUGAAAUCACAUUUGACAACCCAUACAGGCCAAGAACCUUUUAAAUGUUCAUAUUGUUCAAAAGGUUUUACUCUUGCUCAAAGUUUAAAAAUGCAUGAGAGAAUUCACACUGGUGAGAAAGCCUAUUGUAAGGUUUGUAACAAAGGCUUCACACAACCGUCCCACUUGUACCAGCACCACAGAGAAGUUCACGAGAGGAGAAAAGAUUAUAAAUGUUCGAUUUGCUCUAAAGCCUUUCCUCAGAGAAAGAAUCUUGACUACCAUAUAUUAACACAUACAGGCGAACGACCCCACAAAUGUGAUAUAUGUUUACAAACAUUUCAAUUUAAAAGCACUUUGAGAGUACAUAUUUCUAGUAUUCAUGAAAAGAAGAAGUUUAAAUGUGAUAUAUGUUCAGUAGAGCUAAGUUAUCGUACAAGUCUACUUAAGCAUAUGUUGUUACAUUCUGGAAAACCUCACAAGUGCAGCUUGUGUCCAAAAUCUUAUACUAGGAAAAUACGUCUGACCGAGCAUAUGUCAAAACAUACAGAAGAAAAAAACUUCAAAUGUUCUACUUGUUCUAAAUCAUUUAUCAACGAGUCCCAGAUGAGGAAACAUAUGAAUGUACAUAAGAAAGAAAAAAAGAAGAAAUAG